CACCAAAGCACGCAUCCCUGCUUUGGCCCGGUGUGCGAUCUGGGCCAGCCGGGGGUCCUCCUGCGACGCCGACUUGGCCCUCUGGGGGGGGGCUUGGAAGCCGCUCGGGCCCUCCUGGGACCCUGCUUCUGUUUGCCACGGGCGUCGGUCUGAAGUGUAUCGGCCUCGCCUGAGAGCCCUCUGGGUCAUUAGCCGGAGGCGCGGGGCGCCGCGGCUCAGUCAUCAACCAAGUGGCUCCGCACGGCUUUGCCGAAAGCAAAAGGCUGUGGCCAUGCAAUGUGGCCUACCUCGUUCCGCGGCAAGGGCGUGGGCCUCACGAGCCAGGGCCGCCGGAGGCCUCCCAGCAAUGGGAGGCACUGCUGGCGGGACGCGCGACGUGCGCGCUCCCCACCUCCCCGUCGUGAGAUGCACCGCACUGGCUGCGCAGGGAACCUGCAGCAAGGGCGUGGGCGGCGGCGGCCACGGGUACCCCGGGCCGGCGCCGCCCGACGAACUCAGCCCCACUUUGGGGGCCAAUGGGCGCAGCACGCCCGAAGGCACCAAGGGGGGAGGAGGAGGAGGAGGAGGAGGAGGAGGAAGAGGAGCAGGAGGAGGAGGAGGAGGCAGGCAGCCGCAACCUGCAGGGGCGCGCUUCGGUGGUGGCACCGGGCUGCCCUCGCCCUGCGGGCGCUCGCGCUGCAGGAUGGCGCACGUCCUGGAUCCUGGAUCCCCACGAGGGGGGGGGGGGCUGCCGCCGCGGCGGCGCCGACCGCCGCAGGCCCCUUUUACCUCGACUCCGGCGACCUGUCCCGCAGCUGCGGCUGCGGGGACGCGCCGUCCGGGCCCCGGCGGGGCGAGAAGAUGAAGCUGUGCACGUCGUGCAGCGUGGACCACUCCACGGCCGCGCGCUCGAAGUCCUGGAGCUGCUGCUUCUCCCAGUCGGCCCGCCGCUGGAGCGCGGCCGGCUCGAUGCUGUGGUUCCCGACGGGCUCGAACUCCAGGGUGUACUUGCUGUUGCCCUCGGGGAAGGGCGCCAGGCCGAACACCUUCCGACCUUCUUGAAUAUGGCCUUUGUCCGCUUCAUGUGGAACUCGUUCGUGAUGACGACCAAAGUCCUCGCCGUGAAGACUUCUGUGUGCGUCGCGCGGAGGAAAUACGCGUUGCCCAUGGUGUCGAGGCUCAGGUCGUCGGCGAUGAUAUCCGAGGAGUUCACGCCCUCCCUUCUCAAGAAGUCGCGGGAGAGCUGGGACUCCAGCCCCUUCGACCUGUUGCCCCGCGGGUCUCGCGGGCUGUACCUGAUGCCCUCGCACAUCGUCACGAGGUAGGUGGUGGAGGUCACCCCCUGCUUCUUCUUCACCGCGUUCACCUCGUCGUAGAUCUGCUUGGCCCUCCGGAGGCGUUCCUGCACCCAGGGCACCAGCGUGCCGUCCCUACUGAGCCCCCCGCCGGGGACAACGAUGGCGUCGGGGGGGUUCUGCAGCCAGCGCGACUCGGGGCCUCCAUUGGCCUUCACGUAGUCCCCGCCCACGUUCCCGAGCACGAACAGGACGAUGCCUAUGACGGAGAAGCCGAUGACUAUGGCGCUGACGACGACGGCCGUGGACGGACCCUGGCUGGGCGCCUCCCGGCUGCCGCCCUCGCGCGCCACCGGCUCCUCGGGUGCCGCCGACGCGGUGGUGAUCUCGCCGGUCACGCAGCACGCCUUCAGGCCCGCGUCCGACUCGAAGGAGCCCUGGAUGGCGCCCCGCAGCGCCUCGGGGUCCGCCUGCUUGUCGGAGUCGAUGAUCCGCCACCGACACGGAGCCCUGCGCGAGGACGACAGCCACCUCCGCGGCGUCCACGCCCGCCGCUGCGGCGAUCUUCUCCCGGCACGCGCUCUGCAGCCGCUCGAUGUCGGGCGAGCCGAGCCCGCCGAAGUCGACGUUGCUGACGACGAACGACGCGGCCGGCGCCUUCGGUGUCGGCGGCGGAACCGGCGUCGGCACCGGCGUCGGCGCCGGCGUGUGGAGAAGAAGCGCGUCCUUGGGGACCAUCUUGGAUACAGCAGAGGUGGCGCUGUGCUCGUAGUGCAGGGGGUAGGCCAGGUGGAACUCGCAGUCACCAUCGGCAGCACUCGCAGUGAUGCUGGUGAUCAUGUUCAUCUCGUAGUGCCCCUCUUCGCUGGACAGCUCGAUCUUGUCCCCCAUGUCGAAAUCGCCGCAGCCCUCUUCCAUCGUGAGAACGGUGCUGCCCGCCGGCUCGGCAGACUUCACGGGCCUCGUGAAGCGCGCGAACUGGGCCGUCUCCGUGGCGUCGUGCUCCGCCAAGAUGUCGUCCGUGGGCGGCAGCGAGGCCACCGUCGCGCCCGCCGGGUGCGAGAACUGGAGGCCGCUGUACAGGCGCAGGGUGCCGGUCUCUGCGUAGACCCGCUCGAUCCUGUGGAGGUCCUCGAGCGCGGUCCCCGGCUCCAGGACGAGCAUGUGGUCCUCGACCAUCAUGCCGGCAUCCUCCGCGGAGAGGUGGACGAACGCCUGGCCCACGAGCGCCCUCUGGGAGAGGGACGCGUUGCGCCCCCCUCCUCCUGGGAGGACAGGUCGCCCAGCGCCAGGCUCACGCCGCCGCGGGCCCCCCGCGGGGCGGGCCGCCGGCCGGCCAGCAGGCCGG